AUGGCAACUACUAAACAACGUCUCGCACUCUCCAUCAUCGAUUUCCUCUCUACCUCCCUCACCGAUGGUAUCCUCAACGAAGAAGAACGCGAGUCCAUCGAAAUCGCCCAAAACUGUAUUUCCGAGUCCUUCAAAGUCGAUCCUACAGAUGCCACCCCCAAAGAUUCUCAAAACCUUCUCCAAAUUUACAGUGUCUAUGAAAAAUUAAGACAAUCUCAAGCAGCAGCUGCUCCUCCCAAACCUGCCAAUGAAACCCCAACUGGCAAGCAACCUAGCGAGGAACAAAAGAAAGAAGCCGAAGGGUUAAAGAGUCAAGGAAAUGCAGCUAUGGCUAAGAAAGAUUACAAGAAAGCGAUUGAUUUAUACUCGCAAGCUUUGGCUAUCAUACCCGGUAACCCAAUUUUCUUGAGUAAUCGCGCAGCUGCAUACUCAGCAUCUAAGGAUCAUGAAUCUGCAAAGGCGGAUGCGGAGGCAGCAGUUGAUGCUGAUCCUAAAUAUACAAAGGCAUGGUCUAGAUUGGGACUUGCGAGAUUUGCAAUGGGAGAUGCGAAGGGUUCAAUGGAGGCUUAUGAGAAGGGAAUUGAGUAUGAAGGAAAUGGAGGAAGUGAUGCUAUGAAGAAGGGAUAUGAGACAGCGAAGAAGAGAGUGCAGGAAUUGGAAGCUGGUGGAUUAGAUGAGGACGAGGUUGCUGAGAGAGGUGCUCCUGGUGGUGCAGGUGGUAUGCCUGAUUUGGCUAGUUUGGCGGGUAUGUUUGGUGGUGGAGCUGGUGGUGGUGGUGGAAUGCCUGAUUUGAGCUCGAUUAUGAGUAAUCCUAUGUUUGCGAGCAUGGCUCAAAACUUGAUGAGUAACCCGGAUGCGUUGAAUAGUAUUAUGAGUAAUCCUAGGAUACGCGAGAUGGCUAAUCAAUUUGGUGGUGGUGGAGCUGGGGGUAAUGGAGGUGGAAUGCCGGAUCUUUCAAGUUUGAUGAAUGAUCCUUCUAUUGCUGAGAUGGCAAGAAACUUGGGUGGUGCAGGUAGAGGUGCAGGUGCUGGACGUGGUGCUCCUCAAUAG